AUGAAUGCAAAUCCUCGUGUCCCUGUUCAGCUCAGCUAUAGUCUUACCAAUAGAUUCUACGGGCCCAUCAUCCUUCUUUCCGCACUCAAUGAUGCAUGCAUUGGCAAUCUCCCUGUAAAUUUUCCCGAUCUAUCCUUGGAUGCAGAACAAUCUCCUGAACGCGCCUUCCACGAUUUCGUGAACAAGUUCGCCCAGUUGUGUGAUACUGAGCGGGGUGGGAACACAAUUACUGCCUUGACUGUGUUACAAUAUCCAGACCACAUUCAGUAUCGAUUCACUUCAAAUCAACGAGACAGGGAGGAACUUGAUCGCACUCAGAUUUUCAUUGUUUCUAUUCUUAACGCUCUGGGCAAGGCAGAAAGGCGUGACUUGCUGAGUAUAACCUCAAACAUAUUACGGAAAUCGAUAUCUUUCACCAGACCUCGGGUCCAGUAUUACGUGAACGCGCUGAAGGGACAAGUGGCCUCUUGCAUCAGCGGGUGUCAGACAGAAAACACGGAUGAAUCUAGAUUAGUACUCAGAGAGCUUCAGAGCUUGCAAGAAAAAUUGCUCUUCUCCAACUCUGCGGGGCUGAAAGAUGAUGAUUUUUCUCAGCACUGCGAAAGCUUACUGAAACAUAUUGACCGCCUCUACAAGUCUGAGAUUGAGGUCCUUAUUCGCCGUAGAGCCAGAGAGGGUAGAAUGAAUAGAUCUGAGUGCUGGAGCGAACUUCGGCAUCUCGCGGGGCGGCUACUUUCUUAUCUACGAGCUGCCAAAACUCUUGUAUCGACGAGCAAGCUAUGGCCCGAACUCUUCGACAACUACACGGUCCGUUACAUUGCCUCGAGUGUCCCCGGGAGAUAUAUAUUCAAAGGCAAACACUCUCCAGAGAAAAUGUCAGCGCAUCGUAUCAUCGGGUGCAUGACCUCUGACGCGCGGAAGCUAGAGGAGUACAGAGAACAUGCACAAGAACUACAGAAGUUUGAACUGGAUAAAUCCAUCCGAGCCAAGACCAGCAAACAGAAGUUUCGACCUAUUGUACACGCCGAGGUCCUUCUCCUGGACUGGCUUGAGAGUGAUGACGGUACUCGCCCCUCCAGGUUCUUCAAUGGUUACAAAUACAUCGGCUGCAGCAAACCUACUUGCCGAUUGUGCGAACACUACUUUUCGGUUCAUGCAAGUGGUGUUGAAAUUCGGUCACCACAUCGGAAUCUUUACCCGAAUUGGAGGAUGCCGGAUGUCUACGAAGGCAAUGGUCCACAGGCUAAGAAAGAUACGGAGAAACUAAUGGGCAAGAUCUUGGAACUAGUUAGAAAGGACACUUUCAGAGUAUUGGUUGAGAAAGUGCCAGAAGGAAAGCGUCACGAUUCAAAUACAGAUCCGACCUAUCUGAUCGCCAGUAUCUCUGCUGGAAGGACUGAAAAUAUAGAGCAUUUGGAGGAAAGUUUGAAGAGUCUUGAUUUGAGCUCUUCUGGCUAUGAGGCGCUAGAUAGCCCUACAAAGCCCGAGUGUUUUGGUGAGAGUGAGGAAUUAACGUCUAAGAGCGAUGAUGGUGAUGCUGAUGAUGAUGGCGCUGUGAAGCUUUAGCAAAUUAUUUGGC